AUGCAUUGGCGCUUUCAUUUUUGUGCUCGAAUUGUUGCAAUUGCAAGCAUAUUCUCUGGAUUUUUGGGCGUUUGGAGAUCCACACCAGCGACAGUUGCUAGCUUUAUGGUCGCGAUCGGAUCCACUUUUGGAUUUGCGUUGCUUGGAGGCCUUUGUCUUCUGUUUACUUUGACUAUAGACGUUGAUGUUGCCACGUUUCUUAGCAACGCUCACAUACAACGCAAUGUGGAAAGUCGAGAAAAGCUAAUGAACAAUACCAACUACUUGUUAAAGCUUGCAUCAGCCGUUUUAGUUGUCAACGCUCUUGUCCAUCUAUCGUAUAGCUGGGUUUUACAACAACGAAUGGGCGAACGACGCGCUGCGAUCGCAUUUCUGCAGACGUUUAGCAUCAUCAUGUGCCCACUCUCUCUGUUUCUAAUUCUUGGUGGUAGUUACAUCGUUGAUACGCGAAUUUUGGCCUCUGCUCCGUACGCAGGAUUCGCAAUUUUUACUUCCGGAGUCUUGUUGUUACUUGUGUCUCUCCUUGCAUUUAUUGGUGGCAACUUCGAAUACCGUCGCCUAUUGUCUCUUUGCUACUUGAUUUCUGCGCUUAUUGGAACGUGUUCGGUCAUUCUAGCAACAAUUUGUUUAAUUGAACGCACUUUUGUUGAAGAUAAUAUUUCUUCCAAUUUUGAAAGUAUUCGCUCACUUUUACCACCAACGUCACAAAUUGUAUACGAUCGGGAUCGCUUUGCAGCAGUCGUGCGAACAAAUUUAUGCAGUGUGGCCUAUGCAAGUUUACUGGCGGGUAUUUUUGUGUUAUUAGUAGCAGCGGCGAGCUAUAAACUUAUCCGUCAUGCUUCAACCUGGAAAUCUCAAGUUGCUCGAGAAAAGAAGAGUAUGAAAGACUUUAAACAGACUGCGAUAAUUAGUGAUCCAGUGGAUGGUACACGUAGUACGUUUUGUUUGGAAGGCUCAAGAUCAAUGAUCCAACAGUGGAUCAAUCAUUUUGAGAAUUCAACAAGACGACAACGCAUUGUUAUGCGAAUUAUUGUUGUGCUUACAGCGCUGGCUAUUAUGUUAAUGUUUGCUGGCAUGUGUGCCAAUGUGAUACUUACAAUCAAGUGCAACAGCAUAGGCAGUCAGAUUGCAUCGACUACGUUUCCUAUACUCAACUCGACUUCAAAUGCCCAAACAAAUGUUAUUCGCUUAACAAAUACAUUUUCUCGUGGUGAAGUUAUCGUCUUGCCGACAAACUCAACAAUGGGUAGCGUUGAAUUUGAUUAUUAUUCUUUUAAAGAGAAAGCUGUGAAGGUAUCAGAUAUGUAUAACAAGGUCAUAUCGAAUGAGACAAUUAGUAUCAGUAUUUGGCCGAUGGAUGCCUCUCUAUUUUCGUGGCUUGACGGUUCGUGCCAGCGAUUGAUGAUGAUUAUUGAGAUUCCACAAGACCCACUUCAACGUCUUGUAAUCAAUAGCAGCACAUCUGUUGUUGUUAAUGCACCAGAGACGAUAAAAUUUCGAGGACUGAGUAUUUUUACUGUACAAUCCAAUGUCGUGUGCUCGAAUCUUAAGAUUUACGGAGAUGAAUUACGAAUCGAGUCGGCUACGGGGGAUAUCAAUAUUGACCAUGUAACAAUCGAUGCGAGCAAAUCGUUGUUGGUAGCCGAGAAAAGAGUCACAAUAUUUUCGGCUCUUGGUUUUGUCAGUGUAUCAAAAGUUGUUCUCUCUCAAUGUGAUCUUCAAGUCAGGACAAGAGCAAGCACUUUGUUUCUAUCCGACAUUCAAAGUUCUGUUAAUACUGGGAGGAGUCAUAUUGAAGCCGAGAGCUUGUCCGCGCGUAUUUCGGUGGACGACUUACACGCAAAUUGGGUCACGUUAAAAAGUGAAGCAGGUGACGUGUAUGGUUCAGACAUUUUGAUAGAGGGAAAUUCAGCUUUUAUGGGCAGAUUGGAAGUCGCGACGGUAACCGGAGACAUUCAACUUGACAAUAUUAUUGCCAGUGGUAUUGUUUAUAUUGAGUCUGCAUCGGGAAAAAUUUCAGUGCAAUUGAAAAGUCAGACAUUUACUGGAAUGUACUAUUUGAGGUCCACGUAUGGAGCCAUAUCUAUCCGACAAACCAACUUUUCGAAUGAUGUUAUCGUUGAAGAUGCGAACUCAAGCGAUGGACUCGAAAAGCGUGGCAGUAUCAAUUGCAACACUGAAGCUACUAACUGCUUAGCAUUUGGGAAUAUCUACUUACGUUCAAAUUUUGGUGAUAUCGACAUUGUACUGGGUUGCGAAUCAUUUAGUUGUAGCUAG